GCUCUCAUUUUAUUUCCUGGGUUGGCUGUCGGGCCUCUGGUUACCUCUGUUGUUUAAGUAGUGUCCAGUCCCGUGCUGGUCAUUGAAAGUAACAAGAUGAGGGACACAAGGCUCUGAAGUGACCUUCCAUUCUUCAAGAGCAGCGGAGCCUUGUGGGAGCCCCAGCCACCAUCUUCUCUGAGACUUUGAAGGAACAUGAUGCAAGAAGCACAAUGCAACCCGAGCUUCUCAACUGCCCUGUCAGCCUUCCUAGCCCCAGUGCUGGCUUUGGAGUGUAUUGUGGGCCUGGUGGGGAAUGGCUUUGCCCUCUUCACCUUCUAUUUUCAAACGCAACCUUGGAAGUCGAACACCAUUUUUCUGCUGUGCCUAGUCAUUGCCGAUUUUCUCCUGAUUAUCAACUUACCCUUUCGGGUAGAUUAUUAUGUGCACAACCAGACUUGGAACUUUGGGCCUGCUUCCUGCAAGGCUAACCUCUUCAUGAUGUCCACCAACCGCACGGCCAGCAUCGUCUUCCUCACGGCUGUUGCAUUCGAUCGGUAUUUGAAGGUGGUAUGGCCCCACCACGCGCUGAGCCGGGCAUCUGCAGCGUCAGCAGCCCAGGUGUCUGCGGGGCUAUGGGGGAUCAUCGUGAUCAUGAAUGUGCCCCUGCUCCUCAUGGAUCCCCAGCUCCUCUACUCCGAAGCCUCUUGCCUCAGUUUUACAAUAAACACUCAAAACUCUAUUGCCCAGCGCUGGCACCACAUACUCUAUGUGCUGGAAUUCUUUCUGCCAUUGGGAAUCAUCCUUUUUUCUAUCUUCAACAUCAUCUUCACCACCAGACGGCAACGACGGAACCUGGGCAAGCAAGCAGGGGUUCGACGGGCAAUUCUUGUCCUGGGAGUAAUUGUCGCUGUCUACUUUUUCUGCUUCUUGCCCAGCACUGUCUUUGGGAUAGCCUCUGUCCUAGCCAAGCGAUUCAAGAAUUGCCAUGCCCUCAGCAUCUGUGCAGAGCUGUUCCAUGGAGCACUGGCCUUCACCUACCUCAAUAGUACCCUUGAUCCUGUGCUUUACUGUUUCUCCAGCCCCAACUUUCUCCACCAGAGCAAGAUGCUUCUCUGUAGGAGGGACCAGUCAGCUGGAAUAAGUGAUGAGCGAGAGGGUGAUGAUGGCAGCAGGCAGAUGGAUUCAAGGAAGGUGGACGCAGGAACUUUUCAGGAUUAGGUCCAGAUAUUGGUUUCUAGGUGAGGAACCAAGCAGCCCUUUGCCCUACUCCCUCUGGUCUUAUCUAUCGUUGGAAAAAUAUCUGAGAAGCUUGGGUAAAGGGGUUUGAUUACUCUGGUCAUUAGGCUCCAUCAUGCAAAUUUUGGUGGAUGGAAAUAGAACCUGCCUUGUAAACUUCCUCUGUCCCAGUCAGCCCUCACUCUUUAAGAAAUUCAAAAAGAGAUUACUGAUUAUCUAUGGCUGGGGAGGGAUGGGUUUCUCAGAUGAUGUGGUAAGACUCUCCAGGCUCCAAUCUCAAACCACUGGUGGGACAGGGCUUGGAAGUUGAAGUGAGCCCUAGGGCUUGGAAAGGCCUUGGGAGAUGGACCAUGCCUGGAUUUUUCA